ACAUGGAACCCGCGAUUGCAUCGACUGUCAACGGUGGAGAGACAUGCGUCAUGGAGACGGAGGACAUUCUGAAGGGUUUUGCAGAUGACAACAAGGAAGGGAAUUCAGCUGGAAGGAACACCGCAGACUGUGCAGAGGUGCUUGCGACAAUUUGUGCACAGAGUGCAGAGAUGAUGGGUGAUGGUGAUGAAACAGAGAAUGAUGAAGGAGAGAGCACUUAUGAGACGGAAAAGGUUGGGGAAGAGAGAGAGGAGGGAGGUCUGGGAAGCAGGGAAUCUCUGACAGGGUGUAUUGUGAAAGAUGAAAAUGUGGUGAAGACAUCAGCAGGAGAAGAGUACCCAUAUGACAGCAAUUGGGUGCCGGGUCGUGUUCAACAGGACAUUGUUGGAGGAGGACCCUACUUUGCGUUCAAAGUCGAAGGGACAUGGCUUCCAUUUCCCGCCCCCAAAAUGAAUACAUUGCGAAAUGUGACUCUGUCAAUCGUGUUUGAUAGAGUAUUAAGGUUGAACGAUGGGGCAACACCACAGGAGCACGGCGACGGUCAGAACAGAUACAUGGCUCACAUUCACCGCAGGCACGGCUGCACGACCGUUCUUGGUUGGGUCCCGGUCGUAUGUCCCAUGACAUAUGAGCAUGGUGGAGACGUCACCAUGAGAUUUAGAGACCCGCUAGGUGUGCCUUUCCAUAUGACCUACUCAGAUGGACUCCCGCGAGACAUUCGGUAUCUGUCAGAGAAUGACUUGGCAGGUCCAGCGCAGCCACGCAAGAGGACAGAGAAGCGCUCUGAAAUUUCCCGUUUGUCUGCUGAGAUGGAGGACCCAUAUGGUCGUGGUCGUGUUGGGGGGUGCUCUGCAGCACAGGGUGACAUGGCCGGCCCCAGCGAUGUCGUGAUGUCGCAGAGCCCGGGGAAGAUGAAGAAGUGCACGUCGGGACCGCCAUGUGGGCAGACGCCCGCAGGCAGACAGAAGGUGAACCACAAGGCGGUGCCAGCGACCGGAGACACCGCAGGUGCACAAACUCAGGUCCCCAGACGCCGUCGACGCCCCGGGAUGACAACUUUGUCGGAAAUCAGAAAGUUGCAACGAUCCACCGACCUUUGCUUGGCUUUCAGGCCGUUCUUGUGGCUCGUGCGCGAGGUUGUGGAGGAGGGCAUUGCUCCGGGUAUGGGCGUGAGGUUUCAGAUGACGGCGGUGCGUGCUUUGAUGGAGGCUGCCGAGGCGUACUUGGUCGCCAAUUUCGAGAACACCAACGAGGUGGCCAUCCAUUCGAAGAGGGUGACGAUCCAGGUCAGGGACAUGAGACUGAUGGAUAGGUUGUCGAAGCCUCGCUGGGUUGAGAAAUAUCAAGGGAUGUGCGAAGAAGGAGACGUGGACAUGACAAUGCAGCAGAAAGGGGGAACAUAUAAACCUGCGGAUUCCAAGAAGUUGCUGGGCGACGUGGACAUGACAAUGCAGCAGAAAGGGGGAACAUAUAAACCUGCGGAUUUCAAGAAGUUGCUGGGCACUGUGGCACGGAAUGGGGGAAUGUUGGUUGAUGGGUCGAACGACGAGUUGAAGAGUGGUGCUGCAAAAAUCUUGGUGUUGUCGAGAAUGAAGGACAUUACACAAACACCGCUAGAAGACUUUCAAGAUGUUCCUGUCAUUGUUGCAGAUGGUGUGGAAUAUAUUCUGCUGGAUCAACUUGUGGACUUCAUGAAAAAGAGUGCCGAUGACAGAAACAUCAUCCAUGAGGCGUUGCACGAAGUCACAGAGUUCGCACUGCAAGGGGAAGAAGUGGUCACGUGUGCAGUGAAUCUCGUGAGCGAUGAGAGUGAGGACGUCGGGGCCCCCGAGAAUGGAGACAUGGAGGGCGGGACAUUCGAAGAGCAGCAACCGCAGCCUGUCGAGUCUUUUGACACCUCUCGCAAGCUGGCGACACUGAUUUUCUCCGUUAGGGGCGGCGUCGGGAGUCUAGCAGAGGCUGCUAGAUGGAAAGAGUUGGAUCUACGUUGUGACGAUUGGCCACAGGAUGCGCACGCCAUCUUGUGGCACCGCGAUUGGCAAACGACAUUUCUGUCGAUUUUUUAUAUCACAUUACAGAAAUGCGAGACGGUGCCUUCUGUAGAAAUGUCUCCACCGUCAGAGCACCUCAGUAUAUCCGGCCCACGCAGCGGGGCGCUAAGUUAUCACAUCCAGUCGAUCAUUCGAGCGGACAAAGGUGUGGACGGGAAUGGUUAUCCAUGUUAUCUUAUCCCUCUUUCAUUGUAUUCCGACAAGACACAUACAGACGGUCGCCAAAAACAGACGGCGUACCCUUUGAUGAUGUCAGUAGCCGACCACUCAUCCGAAGCCACACUGCUGGCCUAUGUUCCUGUGCUUCAUCAUCGUCCACGUGACAAACGAUGGGGUCUGCAGUCCACCGCAUUCAGAAAGCGAAAGACCAUCAUUUUGCACAAGGCCCUUUCAGUGGUGUUGCAGUCUGCAAAGGAGGCAUCUCAUGAUGGAAUAAUGAUACAGACAACGAGAUUCGGGGACAUAACUGUCCACCCUUUCCUCCUCAACUAUAUCCAGGACUACCCAGAACGAUGUGCGAUUGCAACUGUGAAGUUUGGUGUAUGUCCGACAUGCACCGUAUCCAAAAACGAUUUUGAUGUCAUAGCCGAUUUCACAAACUGCAGGAGAUCACAGGCACUGGAAACACACCUCACAGCAGAUGUGUUCACCGCCGACGACAUCGACGUUCGCCGUGCAGUGGAAGCACGAAUGUCGGAGUUGAACAUGCAUAGGCAUGUUCAACAGAACGGGCUUUGGGGGUUCUACAGGGGCCCCAAUGGUGAUGAUCCUCAGUUAGAUUACCACCUGGCAUUGCAACCAGACCGUAUGCACACAAUCGAGCACGGCAUAUUCCUGCACAUGAUUGACGCAUUCAGGACCGCAGCCUUUGAGAAGUUGUCGCACUUACCGCAAACAGAGGUCCUGAAGGAACUAGAUGCAAGGUUGCAAAGCGUUAGUGAGAGAUGCAUGCGAACAUACCCCCAACUUGUGCUGCCGGUGGCCACUAGCAGCGAUUUUUUUUCGAAGGAGGGACAGUUCGAGGCGAAGCAAAACCGGUCUAUGAUGACAGUGUCUUUGAAGACCGUGGGAAAAAAGGACAAGGGGAGGAAGAAAUGCAAGGCUGAUAAGAAAAAGGAAAUGAGAGAGCAUCGCAGAAACGGAUCGCAGAAUGCAAGAACGGAGUGGACCAGCAGYCGCAGAAACGGAUCARAAGUUUCUCUCCCAUCAAGUGAGAGGGAGAUUUCAAAGCUGAAAGAACGCAAUGACUCACCCCCUGCGACUCCUGCCCCACGGAACCGUGCGAGCGGCGUCGAGAACCGUCCACCCAAGGCCCUCGAGAAGAGGCCGCGAAAAAACGGAAUGUCAAAGGUGCAMCGCAGGACAAAGAAGAGAAUCAAGUACAAAAAGGACAGAAUGGUGGAGAUGAUCGAUCAGAGAGGCUCAGACAAUAUGCAGAGCGCGGCCCGAGAGGAAGCAGAAGAGGAACACGACCAGUCCAUAUCAGAAAAGUCUGACGGGGAGGRGAACGAGGCAACAAGUGACGAGGGAGGUGACAGUGAAACUUCCGACGGACAUUCUCGCGACACUCACGACGCUGAUGACGAGGACGGCAGGAGCAGCGAYGGCACARCGCAGGACGAGGGCGGUGACAGGGCAGRCGAAGACGACAGAAGCGUGGACGGAAGAGAGAGUUCCCCGUCUCCGGGAAGAAYGCGACGCACGAGGGAACCCGAAAGUGGUGGCGAGGGAGGCGCAGCCAACGCGCCCUCGAUUAACAGACAAAUAGUGAGGCACGACAACGCAGUUCAAAAAGAUAAACAAAAUAUGCUGCAGUUACUCCUCUUGCACAACGAUUACGUGGUAACGACGCAAAGUGAUGGCAUUUCCUUAAUGCGAGGAUGUCGCUGUGAUAAACGAACAGUUCAAACGGACUGUCGAAUUUCGUAGGUGCGAAAAUGAGUGCGAAAUGCCGAGUUCUUAAUAUUAUUAUGUGCGUUGUAAUGCGUGUCUUUCACUAAUGGCACGAACUCGUAAAGAAACGUGUGCGUGAGCAGGGGAGGACAGCAACAAGCCAAGCAAGAAAGCGGCGUAUUCUCGAAGAAAAUGAAGGUCAGACUGUUCUGGUCGGUCGCAAAAGCCUUUGCGUUCUCAGCAGCAAAGGACGCAACUCUGUACCCAACAGAGGAUGAAUUUUUCACGGCGUUGCAAACAACAACUAAACUGAUAGGGGAGARCGCGGAGGAAGGACUGGGAUCACACGUAGCGGAGUGCGGGAUUCGAGCAGUCAUAGGGGAGUGCAACAGAAUGAUGACAACCGUGCGUGGAGAGAUAACAUGGCAACUGAAACAUUGGUUCUAGGCUGAAAAAGGAAUCCCGCUUGUACGAUCGCAGCAAACAGAUCACCAACUCCCUACUCGCAACAAGAUGCGAGCAGAGAUGAAGGAGAACAAAACGUGGAGACGGAG